GGGGUCCCCCCGCCCCGCUCCGCCGGCGUCACAUGGUGCUGAAGGAGGAGGGGGAGCCGCCGCCCCCCCAAGCUCUCGCCGCUCGCCCGGUUUCUCUCAGUCUCGGCGCGCAACUCCGGCGCGGCGGGAGCGCGGGGCUGGGCAGGGCAGGGCGCCGCCGCCCGCUCCCGGGGCGCCGCUGUGCGGCGCGGGGAAGCGGCAGCAGCGCGCGGCGCCUCCGCUGCCUGCCUGCCGCCGAUGCCCCUCGGCGCCUGCCCGCCAGCCCGGCGGCGGCGGCGGCUGCGGGAGGAUGCGGCUCUUCCUCCUCGCCGCAACUUUCUGCGGAUGGUGCCUGGGGCCAGGCUUCGGUCUGCAAAUACAGUGCUACCAGUGCGAAGAGUUCCAGCUGAACAAUGACUGCUCUGCGCCGGAGUUCAUCGUGAAUUGCACCGUCAACGUUCAAGACAUGUGUCAGAAAGAAGUAAUGGAAAAAAGUUUUGGAAUCAUGUAUCGCAAAUCCUGCGCAUCUUCAGCAGCAUGUCUGAUUGCGUCCGCUGGAUACCAGUCUUUUUGUUCUCCCGGGAAAGUGAACUCUGUUUGUAUCAGCUGCUGCAACACUCCGCUCUGCAAUGGGCCCCGGCCUAAGAAGAGAGGCAAUUCUGGCGUGGCGCCUAGGGCACGGGUGAUAACCACAAUUCUGCUCCUUAAAUUGGCUCUUUUGUCUUUGUAUUGCUAAACUUUGAGCAAAGUUUUUGCUCUGACAGAGGUUGUUCUAUCUCCUUCUUUCUUCAAAGACACUGCAAUUAUUUUCUAUUUGCUUCCAAAUCCCUAUCAAAAGAGAGGAAGUUCAGUGGUUUUGGGAAGACAGGGGCUGAUAUUUCUGGCAGCUAAUGAAUGCAGUUAGCAGAUUGAAUUUCCAGUGUGCACUUAAAAAUAAAAAAUCCCAACAGCAGCAUACAGAACGCCUGCUCUUUUUGCAUAUUUGGAAACAAAUCUAUCUGUGAUAUUAUGUUUAAGAUGUAGUCAGUUUCUCAGUCAUUUCAAUUUCUGUAUUUUUAAGUUCACUGCUAAUCAUUAACUUUGCUUUACAAAGUCAUAUUUCAUGUUCACAAAGGCCAUUUUGUGCAUCUAAGCUAGUCUCUAGUGGUAUUACUUCCAAGUUGGGCUCCAGCUGUUCAAGACUCGGUUUCUGCAAACUGCAGUCAGGCCUGGUUUCAGUCUGAAAAGUGCUUAAGAAAACUUUGUUAGUGCUCUUUGUAAAAGAAGCGCGCUUCGACGCUCUGAAGAUCAGCGGGCUUAGAGACCGGCCGCUGCUGGCUCUGGAGUUGAGAUUGGCCCUCCAAAGCUUCUCCUUGUUGGCGUGCUUGAGUGUCAGGUGGCAGCGGAGGACCUGCAGGAAGACGCUGCGGAACUGCUGCGACGAGACGUUGUACAGCAGGGGGUUCACCACCGAGCUCAGGUAGAAGAAGGUGUUAGCGAUGGGAAGAAGAGUGAUAUACGCUCGGAAGUAGGGGACCGUCCAGUCCUGCUUCGGCUUAACAGCAGCCAUGAUCCUUCUGACCUGGUUUGGCAUCCAGCAUAUUGCCAGGGUUGCAACAAUCAGUCCUGGGUACAAAAAGAGGAAGAAAGAGUGUGCACAUGCGGAAAAAAAUUCGUAAAUUAUGAUGCAUCAGUUCUGCACUUACUUGUUAGGAAAUAGUACCAAUUUUUCAGUGUUUUCCUUGACAGCUUUUUCUGCCAGUAGCAUUUUUUUGUUUGUUUUUAAUAACUGUUUCAAGGUCAGUGCAGCAUAUGCUCUGAUAAAGACUACAUAGUGCUUGGAUAGUGGUUUUUUUGUACCUACCAUCAUUUAUUAAUUUUCAGUUUGUUCUUUCAUUGCUACUUUUAUCUUUGGAAAGAAUGGAUUUUUACUUUGUUUUGUGUUUUUGCCUUUCUUUUGUUUUUCCCUUUAUUUUAAAAAAACAAACAAAAAUGAAUAGCAACCUAUAGCCAUAUUAGAUCAGGCAAUACCCAGAAGAGAUCAGAUUCUUGUUUGUACUUUACAAAAAAAAAAAAGUAUGCAUAAUAAUAUAUUUGGUGUUAUUUUUGGUAACUUUCCUCUUACAGAAGAUAUUUUUAAGUAAAAUAUGUAUGGAUCUUUUUAUGGUAAUUAAGAUAUGUUGGGCUUUCUUAAAAAUCAAAUUCCAGUGGAAUUAAAUUAUGAAUGUAAAUGAGAAAAACCUAAGCCUAGUCAUGGAAGUGUAAUCAGUUUUAAAUUAUAAAGUAUGCUUAAAAAUGUGG